CCAAAUUCCUCUCUAUCUCUCUCUCUCUAAGCCACGAUGCUUGCAAGGGUCAAGAGCCCCUUCAAAUUGGAAGAUAAAAAGAGCAUAAGUAACAAGGAAUCAUUACCUGUUGGGCUGCGAAUCCUUGUACAGAUUUCACAUGGUGAAUCCAAUAUCCUAGUGAAAUCCGCGUUGAGGAGCUGCCAGCGCACCUCUCAAGGGCAUCAUCAUCUUCAGACGUCCAAACCUGUCGAGUCUUGCUUUCUGAAAACAUGUCAAUUAUGCAACAAGAAAUUAAGCCCUGAUAAAGAUGUGUACAUGUACAGGGGCGACCAAGGCUUUUGCAGUAUAGAGUGCCGGAACCGACAGAUUGUUUUGGAUGAAGCAAGAGAAAUAGAAACUUCUACCAAGCAAAUGCUCGCAUCUUAUAGGCAUUGCUGCAAUAGUGACCCAAGUGAGACUCAAAUCCUCCUACAAGAUCUCCGUCAGCGACGUGAGCAUAGGCCUAUCUGUUGUCAAAGAAAUUGGGUGAUAGCGUCAUAGACACAUAACUUCAUAGUCCAUAUAUACACCCUUUUAUUAUUAUUUAUUUUCAGGUUGAGAUCGGAAGCUAAUAUGAUGUAGAUCAGUGGGAACAGAAAAGUUUUUAGGGAGUUGGAAUUUCUGUUUUAUGUAAUAAGCACUCGAGAUUUCUGUUGCAGGUGUUUUGUUGUUUCUGUUAGUGUAGAAAAAGAUGAUUUUAAA